AUGCCCCGGCGGGCCCCGCCCGCAACGCCCUCCUCCUCCGCGCUGCUUUCCCCCGAUGGCUCCGCCGCCUCCGCGCUUCUGUCCCCCCGCGGCGGAAGCUCCGCUUCCGCAGCUUGGCGGCCUGCCGCGCUCACCCCCGUGCGCAGCCCGCUCGCGUCGGUGAUCCGCCAUAGAGCUACCUCGUCAAUAGAUAUGGAAGAGCUCUGGGCGGACUUUAGUCUCGAAGAAGGCGCCGCGCAACUUGCGGACAGCGCGUUUGGUGGUGGCGCCGCGCCGGCGGGCGGGGCUGGCGGAAAUGGCGCGGAAGGGCGGGGGCGGCAGAGAGGGCACGCGCGGAACAUUUCGUUCUCUGACUUUCGGUCGUUUUUGAAAGAGAAACCGCGCGACGGCGACUCGAAACCCGGCGAAGUUGACGCUACUAGUAAUCUCUCGAAAGGGCAGCAACAGAGCGACGCGAUGGCGGCGCCACCGCCCAGACGGCGCCCGCUGUCGCGUCUUUUCUCCAGCCGCCGCGAUCCUACUACCUCCGCAUCUCCCGCCGCGUUGGACGGCCCGUCUAUCGGCGCCGCUCCGACCAUCAUCCCCGGUUCGCUCUCCUCCAUGUCUUUCCGAGGGCUACAGGACACGUCACCCAGCGGUGACGUGGCGCUGUACGGCGGCAUCGUGCGAUGCUCGUCUGUCGAGACGAAACACGCGCCGCUCUCUGCACGGCUCGCGGCGAACGACACUGCCGCGGCGCCGAAAUCCCCGCUUGCCGUCGCGGCGCGUACCGCUAGCUUUAGGUGGAACCCCGGCGCGGCGGCGACGGGACCUUCUGGAAAGAGUCUGAGCGGGAAAGAACCUGUGAUGGUCGUUCCUUUCACGCGGCGCGUCAAGGGCGCGUCGCAGCAGCAAUCGCAGGAGUCGUCGCAGAAGUCGUCGCAGCAGUCGCCGUCGUCAUCGCAAAAGCGACGCGGCCGCCGCGGCCGGCAGGAGACCAAACGGCUCGACGAGUCGCGUUUGAACGAAGAAGCGCGUAUUGUCGCAAGCCGCGCGGAACAGUCGGAAGCGGCGGAGAAGGGUGGGGGAGCGGAAUCAUGGGAGGAGGGGGAGGAGUCGGACGACGAGGGCGGAGGGGAAGGGGGAAGCGCGGCGCUCUCAGGUCCGCGCAUCGUCUUCCGCGUGGUACAGAGUCCGCGGGGGAGGGGCGCUGGUCAGACGGGAGCGCCAGUGGCGCCCGGCGCAGGACGUGCGGAGGAAGCGGAGGCGGGCGGGGAAGCGGGGGAAGCGCGGGCCGCGGAUGCUGCGUUAGAGAACGCGCGGAAGACCGGCGCGUCGUCGGGUCCUCGCGGCGGCUUCCGCAAAACCAGCCCGCGGGGCACUGCGGCUAGCAGCCUUGCGAGAGGGGUUGGCACAGGGGAGAGCCCAUCAGGAGCAGAUGCAACAGAAGCAGGGAAACCUGCUGGCAGGACCGCAGCAUUAGGGAAUCACAGAGAAUCAAAGGCAUUCGAAGCAGAUGCAGCGGAAGUAGGGAAACCUGCGGGCAGUAAGAGUCGGGGACGGCGGGUGCAAUUCAGCGACGUGGUGAGGGUGAGACGUGUGCUCGUUGCCUGCCCCAGCAGUGACUCGGCCGGGCCUGAUGCCGAGCCCGAUGUUGAGUCCGAUGAUGAGCCUGAUCGUGGCCCCCAAAAAUACGCCGCGGUUAGGCGGAAUGACGCCUACCGCGGUGACCGCGCGUUUCCCUCGUCGAAGUCCUAUUCCGCCGGCGAAAACGCCGCGAUUUCGGCGGAAGACGCAUGGCGCCCGGCCGCGAUGACCCCCGUGCGCAGCCCGCACGCGACGGUCGUUCGCCAUAAAGCGACCGCGUCUAUCGAUAUGGAGGAGCUUUGGGCGGAGGUAAGUUUCGAGGAGUGCGCUCCGCCGCCCGAGUCGCCCGUCACUCCCAGCGGCCGGCGGCGGAAGGGCGGCCGUGGCGGACACUCGAGAAACAUCUCCUUCUCCGACUUCCGCUCGUUCCGAAGCGCGAUGGGAGCCACCAAGGUCGGUAAUUCUAACAGCGUUGAUAAACUCGCCGCUGGAGAUGUAAUCAUCAGUGAUGCUCCCGCCAACUCGGCGGAAACUACUAGCUACUUUCAAUCAUGGCAACUUGACGGUCUGGUUGCGGCACUGCCGGCCGGACUGCCGGCCGCAACGUAUGACUCCGACUCGGACUCGUCACUUGCGAAGACCGCGCCGCAGCCGAUCGCGCCGCAGUCUCCCGGCCGCCUCGCAACACUCACGCGCAUUUUCUCCAACCGCCGCGGCGCGGCAGAUCCCCUCGGACCGCCGUCGCGACGGAUGUCGGACGAUGGCGGCGCCGCGGCGCCGCGGUCCGGUUCAGCGGAAAGCCGUGGCAGCGCGUGGUCCACUAGCGCUGCUGGCGCGGACGCUUCGCGGGAGGCGCAAGAACAUGGUGCGGGGGAGGCGGAAGGAUCAUGGGAUGUUGGGAUUCUGGAAGGGGGAGUGGCGGGGGCGCGGGUGAGGGAGGCGGAAAAGGUUGAUUUGGAAGCAGAAGGAUCAUGGGAUCUUGGGUUUGCGGAAGGGGAAGCGCCAGACGCGCUGGUGGGAUCCUUCCGGGAAAUGGCGAAUCCGCGCCUUCUAGAUUCUGCUGCUAGCAGCAGCAGCUGUGGUGAGGGUAGAAUGAGGGCUCUGGAGGCAGAGGCGGCUGCUGUUGCGCUGCCUGUGAGGGGUAAUAAUGAAGGUAAUGUAGGGGAAGGAGUCGCAUUGGUGGGAUCGUUCCGUGAAAUGGCCGGCAGCAUGGGGAAUGGUGGGGGUAGUAUGGGGGCGUUGGAGGCCGAGGCGGCUGCUGUUGCGCUGCCUUCACCACCAGGAGCAGCAGGCAAUGGGGUGAAGCAGCAGAGGGCGGAUCGGCGCGUGCAGUUCAACCGAAUGGUGCAGGUGAGGAGGGUUCUAGUUCCAUCUGACAGCACCGACUCUGCUGGUUCGUUUGCCGAACGAAUUCGCGAGGCUUGUGCCGGACCUGCUGCCGAGGCUUGGAAUGAUUGUGGUGGUGCUGGUGCCUCUGGCGUGGUGGCGAGGGCUGAUGCUAGUAGCACUGCUGACAUGGUGCCUGCUAACUGGACCCAUCAGUCCCAUAAGUUCCAACUGACUCAGCAUGCUUCUAAACCCACGCGUGCCACCGCCCCAAUCGAGGAAGCUGCUGCAUCCAGAGACGAGACUACAGACUCCCCAAACUCAAACGACGAUUCUGACUCAGACCCUAUCUCGCCUUCCGGCCUGCCCUUCCUAUCCGUUUCUCCCCGUCCUUCCUUCGGCCCUGCUGCAUCCACUUUCUCCCCCACCACCUCCCUUCCCCCCAAUGCCUCCCUCCCCCACAACGCCUCCCUCCCCCCCACCUUCCCGCACUCAUCCACCCUUCCUUCUCCUUCUUCUCACAGCCCCCGCAAGUUCAGUUCUGGUCCGCUCUUCUCCCUUUCCCGGACCCUGUCUCGAGAAGUGUCUAUUGAGUCGAGUCAAAAGCACCCCCGCAAAUUCACUUCUGGUCCGCUCUUCUCCUCCCUGUCCCGAACCUUGUCUCGCGACGUGUCUGUUGACUCAACUCAAAAGGCCCCCAGUAAAUUAAGUUCCGGUCCGCUCAUCUCCUCACUUACCCGGACCAUGUCUCGCUCUCGCUUCAAGCACCUGCUCUCUCCGCUCCUCUCCAGCCCUUCCAAGCCUGGCACGGAGGCUCGGGAGAGCGCCGCAGACUCGACUCAAGAGCCACGUCACAGUCGUGGUACGGAUCUUGGGGUAGCCUCGGAGGCAGGUUCGGGUCUGCCGGGGCAAGUGCCUCGGUCUGCUUCUGCAGCGGAUGCUGGGCAGGGGGGUUUCAAGGCGAGGCAGAACUGGCUGAAAGCGCUGCGCGUGCCGAGAGCUGGUGUGCUGGGUGGAGGCUCGAAGGGUUGA